AUGGCGAUGCUGAGCCAACACGAAUACGACUAUCUGGUCGUCAUCGAUUUCGAGGCCACUUGCGAUGAAGGCGAACAGCCCAAGGUCACGCGCGAGAACCAAGAAAUCAUAGAGUUCCCGUGGGUCGUCAUCGACCUCGUCAAUCAGCAGGUCAUCGACAAGCGACAGAUCUACGUGCGGCCCGAAUGGACCUCUCAACUCACGCCCUUUUGCGUCAAGCUGACCGGCAUCACCGAUGACAAGCUCAGGGAGGCUCCUCUUCUCCACGAGGCCAUGGCUCAGUUCGAUCGCUACGUGGACGACUGCUUCGCGCGACGCGGCAAGACCUUCUGUAUCCUCACCGAUGGCGACUGGGACCUCAAGAUGUGCCUCCUCCAGGAGACGCGCAAGAAGGACAUCGCCCGCGCCCCGCACUACAUGACCUACUUCGACGUGAAAGAGGAGUUCCUCAAGGUGUUCCCGCAGCCGUCCCACUACAAGCCGUCCCUGAUGACCAUGCUCAGGCACUUGAACCUGGUGAUGGAGGGGCGCCACCACUCGGGCCUGUACGAUUGCGUCAACAUCAGCAACAUCGUCCUGGAGUUGAUUCGUCACGGACACUACUUUGGCCAGCCCCAGGUCAUUCCACCGGACUACGAUCCCUCCACCGAUCCGGCCUUUGCCCGCGAUUUCAACCGCACCGGUCCGCCCAUCUUCUUGCGGUUGGCCGAAGGGAGUGAGGAGGAGACAAAGGUCAUCGUAAUGCGCGGUUUGCCCUGGAGCGCGACAGACGCGGACGUGGGCAUGUUCUUCUCCGGUCUGGACAUCGUGCCCGGCGGCAUUCACCUCAUCCACGACCACACCGGCCGCCCCUCUGGCGUGGCCUACGUGGAGUUCAGCUCCGCGGAGGAGGUGAACAACGCGCUGCAGCGGCAUAACGGCUUCAUCGGCUCCCGCUACAUCGAGGUUUACCCGAGCGACGCCAACAGCUUGACGGCCAUCCUCGCCUCGCAGGCCGCCAAGAACGCCCACCAAUCCGAAGAGAUCAGGCCCGGGGACUGGUACUGCAUCAACUGCGGCGACCACCAGUUCGCAUCGAGGAUCGUGUGCCGCAAGUGCUCGACCCCGCGGCCCGCGGAGGACGGCGAGAAUGGCGGCUACGGCGACGCCACCAACAACGGCGGCGGCGGCGGUUUGGUGUUGGACGACGGCAGCGGCAGCGGCGACAAUGGCGGCGAGGGAGAGGAUAACGCCGGCGCCGAGGGCGAGGAGGGCGGCGCGCGCAGACCACAAUUCCAGCCGGGCGACGGCGCACCACAGCACUACAGGGAGCGGGGUGGCCGCAAGGGGUUCAACAGGCACCACCAACAGCAGCAGCAGCAGUUCCAGCAGAUGCACCACCUUCAACACCAGCAGCAGCAGAUGCAUCAACAGCAGAUGCAGCACCACCACCUUCAACACCAACAGCAGCAACAGCAGCAGCAGCUCGGGCAAAUGCCCAACUACUACGCCGCCGCGAGCAACCCCAACUACUACAGCUACUACCAGCAGCUGCUCAACGGGAUGGGCGUGCGGCCGGGCGACUGGCUCUGCGCCUCCUGCAACGAACUCAACUUUGCCUCGCGCCGGGUGUGUCGGAAGUGCAACUUCAACCCGUCCCUCUACUUCGCCCAGUUCCCGGUACACCACAGGGCGCACGACUGGCGGUGUCCCACGUGCGCCGACAUCAACUUCGGGUCGCGCACGGUCUGCCGCAAGUGCGGCACCGCGCAGCCCAUGGCCUUUGCCGCCGCCGCAGCGGCCCCCACCGGUGGCGGACGCGGCAAACCCUCGGGCCGAGGUUAUGGCGGCAGGGGGAUGCGAGGGGGGAGGGGAAGAGGCGGAGCCCACUUCGGCCAGGGCGGCGACGGCGGCGGAGGAGGUGGAGGCGGCGGGGUGGCGCCGUCGAGCUUCCGGCCAGGGGACUGGUUCUGCGACCAGUGCAAGGACCACAACUUUGCGUCGAGGAAGGUGUGCAGGAAGUGCGGCGCCGAGCGAGGGGACGACGUGAUCGCGAUGACGGGCGAGGAGGGCGGCGUGGUGCUCGGAGUGGACGGCGGCAUGGGCGACCCCGCGGCCCACGUGGUGGUGGGCGGCGGCAUGGUCAUGGGCGCGCCCCCGACGACGUCCGACGUCGACGGCUCGCUCGAGGCCGAGCAGCGGGGCGUCUACGGCUGGUAA